GUCGCUCAUUCCUUCGUUUAUAUUCUCCUUAUCUUGCAGAUUUGUAAAUCAUCAACAUGGAUUGAAAAUACUUUUGUCUUUCACAUGGCAGAGAAAGAGGUGAGAAGGUGAGCAGUGACCAUGGAGUCUGGAUUUCACUCUCUCUUCACCACAGCUGGCCAGCUGCGGUGGUUGCUUCUGUCUCUGUUUACAACGUGGACAGUCUUGUGUUCAGCAGAAUUAAAGCAGACAAGAUGGCCAUUAUAUUCACAGAAGCCGGUUCUUCUCGCCUGGAAUGCACCAACACAGGAGUGUGCCCCGCGACAUCGCGUUGCUUUGUCUUUGGACCAGUUUGACAUUGUGGCAUCCCCCAAUGAGGGCUUUGUCAGGCAGAACCUCACCAUUUUUUAUAAGGAGCGCCUUGGAUUGUAUCCCUAUUAUGAGCGGGGAGGCACUGCAGUGAAUGGAGGCCUUCCACAGCUUGCCAGCCUCACUCAGCACUAUGAAAAGAUGCCCGAAGGUUUGCAAAAAUAUAUCCGUGAGCCAGAGGCGAAAGGUUUGGCUGUAAUCGAUUGGGAGGAGUGGCGUCCAUUGUGGAUCCGAAAUUGGGACAUUAAAGAUAUCUAUCGAAAUAAAUCCCGUGAAAUGGUGGCCAAAAAGAAUCCCAAGUGGACCCUGGAACAAGUGGGUAAAGUUGCACAGCAAGAAUUUGAGCUUUCAGCUCGCAAGUUUAUGCUGGAGACGAUGAAACUAGCGAAGAGCUUGAGGCCCAAUCAACAAUGGGGCUUCUACUUGUUUCCAGAUUGUUACAACCACGACUACAGGAGCGGCUUGAAGAACUACACUGGCCGCUGUCCUGUUGUGGACAUGAUCCGCAAUGAUCAACUGAACUGGUUGUGGAUGGAAUGCACAGCCUUCUUCCCAUCUAUAUAUGUGGGUUCUGUACUCGCCUCCACCAACGAUGGACGCCUUUUUGUACGAAACCGGGUAAAGGAGGCGAUGCGCCUGGCAUCUGUUGGGGUUGGAUUAGCACGGCCUGUUUUUGUGUAUACCCGCCCUACUUACAUCAAUCAGAUGACCCUCCUAACGCAGAUGGAUCUGGUCUCUACCAUUGGUGAGAGUGUUGCACUUGGAGCAGCAGGUGUAAUCUUCUGGGGCGACACUUCUUAUGCAAGCAGCUAUGCCAGCUGCUCCCUCCUGAAUAAUUAUCUUCAGGGACAGCUGGGCCGGUACCUCCUCAAUGUGACGACAGCAGCAGAACAGUGCAGUCAGGUGGUAUGUCAAUCCCACGGCCGCUGUCUGCGCAAGGUACCAGACGACGAGGUGUACCUGCAUCUCAGUCCCUUAACGCACAGCAUCACCAGUCAGGGUGGCCAGCUGAAGGUUACAGGCGUGCUUAGCCAAGCCGAGCUUGCGCUUUUCCACACACACUUCCAGUGCCAAUGCUACAGUGGGUACAGGGGUGAGGCCUGUGCUCAGAAAGAAAAAGGGCAGAAUAAAGCCUCCUCUGUCUUCGGAACCUGGCCUCUUUGCCUUUUACUCCCACUAGGACUCCUCACACUGCUACACUAAGGAUCUGAGAAGCCCAAACUAUUCACUGCCUCUGCCAGACAAAUCAGACGUUUCAACACAUAGGUGGUAAGUUACAGUGCACUAGUGAUGAUGCUGAAUGAUGACGCAUUGUCAUCAGAGAAUAAUUUAUCGUACAAUAUGUCAGUUCUCCGUGCUCCAUGCUGACCCUGGCCUCCAGAAGAAGAGAUCAUCUUUCCACAUUGACUGUAUGUGACUAAAGUGUAAUUGUGGGGCUUUUUCCCACAGAAAACGAAAUGCAUCGUGAAAAAAGACCGUACGUGUUUUACAAUGGACACAAACAUACAACAUGAAGCAAAAAAGCUGAAGAACGGUACCUUUGAUGCCCAGCGGCACACAGUAUUCACAAGUUGUUGUUGUUGUUUUUGUAGUAUCAUAACUUUAGGUAUUCUGUAAUUGGAUAUUUCUGCCCACUUUAAACAUGAGUGUUUCUAUCUGUUGAUUGAUCACGCUGUUAAGUGGUAGCCUUAUGAAUGAAAUGUAAAUAGUGCAUUAUACCAGAAGGUGAUACAUUCUGAGAAAUGGAGCCUUAAAUAUCUUUUGCUAUCUUUGGCCUAAAGAAACAAGAUGGCUGGACCUGCCUGUUUCAGUUCAAAGUUGUGUCUUAUCUUGGCUAGAAACUACAAAGUGCUAUUUUUUUAUGGUUACUUUUGUUUACAAGUUGUGAUUAUUGAGGUUUUUCCAGCAGUGUUUAUCUCAGGCCUCUGCUGGCGCUGGUGCUUUAUACUGAUAUGAACUCUUUAGGCAUACCAGUUUUAAUUUAAUUCAUAAAGGAAAAUGUAUGUAUCGAAGAAAAGGUGGACAGACCUGAAAAGAUGAAUGGAUUUGCAUAUCCAUAGCAUCUUUCUAGUCUUUCGUCCACUCAAAGUGCUCUACACACAUUUGUACACUGAUGCAAGGUGCCAAAAUGCUCAUUAGGACCAAAUAUCAUCAUUCGCACACACAUACACACAAACACACACCGAUGUUACAGAAUUCACAGACUAUAUCUUUCCCAAAGACACUUCAACAUGCGGACUGGCAGAGCCGGGGAUCAAACAAACAUUCUUCCGAUGAGUGAACAAUUCACAUUUUCUGAUGAGAUGCAAAUAUAAUUGACAUAGGAAACUGUGAAAACAAUUUGGCAUUAUGUUGAAAAGGUUAACUUUUAGCAUCCUGCUAAUGUCAUUUUCAUGAAAACGUACAGAUACACAUUUAGAUUCCAACUCUUCAUGGCAAAUUUAAGAUGGUUUCAUACGUACUGGUAUUGAUGUAUUUGUCGGAUAAAAUCAAAAAUAUUUCAAUUAUAUAUUGUUUUGUUCAUUUCAUGCCAUUGACACAAUUCUUAAAUAUGUAAGGGAUCUGUUCGUUGUAGUUUACAUUGAAACAAUUUGGCUGAUGCCAAUCAGCUUCCCUAACCAGAUUUUCUUUCAAUUCUCAAAUAUCCAUAUUAGCCUCAGAAAACCAGCAUUGCCCUGGCUCUAAACACAAUUAUCAGGUUAGAUUCUUUUUAGAGUGUAGUUUGCGGGAGACAAUUUGUUGAUUGCAACUACUGUAGGUACAUCUUCAAAUUGUACUUUCUAGAGUUUCAUAUUUAAACAGUAGGUUCUGUAUUUAUUCUCUCUGGCAUUGCUCAGUAAAGUAUUCAGCUACCUAAAAUAAGUGGUGUUUUUAAUAAACUGAACAAUUUGUACUAUUAGUAUUGCGAUAGAUUGUUUGAAUUAUGCUGCAACCAUUUCAAAAUACAGCACUUUAACUAUUUUUUUGUUGAGCUGGAUCUACCUUUGUUUUAUGUAAGAGAUGUAUUCCACUGUGAAUUUUGCCUUAAAAUAAAUGCUUCUGAUUGUU